GGCUCGGACCUGUUGCUCGGCCGCUGGCAACUCGCGGCGCCGCGCGUGGGCAGAGGGUCGGGCCGCGCGCCCCCCCCCGUGGUGCAGCGGGCGCCAUGUUCAUGCACAGCGAGGCCGACAUCAAGAAGGUGAAGCGCGUGCAGUUUGGCAUCCUCGGCCCAGACGAAAUCAAGGCGAUGUCUGUGAUGCAGCCUGACGGAGUGACCUCGGACCGCACGUUCGACAACGGCAAGCCGGUGCAGGGCGGGCUGAUGGACCCGCGCCUCGGCUCCAUCGACCGCUACAUCAACUGCGCCACCUGCGGCAUGGACCACAACGAGUGCCCCGGCCACUUUGGCCACAUCGAGCUCGCAAAGCCGAUGUACCAUGUCUCCUUCCUCGAAAACACGAUGAAGACGCUCCGCUGCGUCUGCUUCUCCUGCUCUGUGAUCCUCGGCGACGAGCCGCCCGACCCCGCGACGGGCCAGCUCUCGGGUGACGCGCUCCGCAUCUCGCGCGCCACGCGCGUCAAGAAGCCCGAGCGGCGGCUCCGCGCCGUGAUGGACAUUGCAAAGUCCAAGUCUGUCUGCUGGUCCUGCUCUACGCCCCAGCCGACCUUCAAGAAGGACGGGCUGAUGAUCCGCGCAGAGUUCAAGGAGGCGACGGAUGACCACGAGAAGAAGCUGGAGCUGACGGCGGAGCGGGCGCACAAGAUCCUCAAGGGCAUCUCUGACGUCGACGCGCGCCGCCUCGGCUUCGACCCCGAGAACGCGCGCCCCGACUGGAUGGUGAUCACGGUGCUGCCCGUCCCUCCGCCGCAAGUGCGCCCCUCCAUCCAGAUGGAGGGGGCGGGCGGGCGGGGCGAGGACGACCUGACCGUCAAGCUGAUGGACAUCGUGCGGACGAACCGGUCGCUAAAGGAGCAGGAGCGGAACGGCGCGCCGAACCACAUCGUGCUGCAGCACGUCUCCCUCCUGCAGUACCACCUCGCCACCCUGGUCACAAACACGCUCCCCGGCGUGCAGCCCGCAACCACCCGCUCGGGCCGCCCGCUCAAGUCCAUCUCGCAGCGGCUCAAGGGCAAGGAGGGGCGCGUGCGCGGCAACCUGAUGGGGAAGCGCGUCGACUUCUCCGCGCGCACGGUCAUCACCGGCGACCCGAACCUCGCCAUCGACGAGGUUGGCGUCCCGCGCACCAUUGCCCGCAACCUGACGUACCCCGAGGUCGUCACGCCCUUCAACAUCGACCGGCUGCAAGAGCUGGUGGAGCGGAUGGUCGAGGACGGGGACAUCGUCAUGUUCAACCGGCAGCCGUCGCUGCACAAGAUGUCCAUCAUGUCGCACCGGGUCAAGAUCAUGCCCUACUCCACCUUCCGCCUCAACCUCUCCGUGACGACGCCGUACAACGCCGACUUCGACGGCGACGAGAUGAACCUGCACGUGAUGCAGUCCAUGGAGACGCGCGCGGAGGCGUCCGAGAUCAUGUCGGUCGCGCGCUGCGUCGUCUCGCCCCAGUCCAACAAGCCCGUGAUGGGCAUCGUGCAGGACACCCUGCUCGGCUCGCGCGGCUUCACCAAGCGCGACACCUUCCUCCGCAAGGACAUGAUGAUGAACCUGGUGAUGCACCUCGACACCUUCACCGGCAAGCUUCCCGUGCCCGCCAUCCUCAAGCCCGAGCCGCUCUGGACGGGCAAGCAGGCGCAGUCCCUCAUCCUGCCCGACUUCUCGAUGGCGCGCUUCGCCAACGGCCGCCCCGACGCUGAAGAGAGGACCGACGAGCUCUCGCCGGGCGACACGCGCGUCGUCAUCGACCGCGGGGAGCUGCUCUGCGGCAUGCUCGACAAAAAGUCGCUCGGCACCGGCGCGGGCGGCGUGAUCCACACCAUCGCGAACGAGUUUGGGCCGCAGGGCGUGCGCGCCUUCAUCGGCGCGCACCAGCGGCUCGUCAACUACUGGAUCCUGCACCGCUCCUACUCGAUCGGCAUCGGCGACACGAUCGCCGACGCAAAGACGAUGGACGACAUCGUCGCCACCAUCGACGACUCCAAGCGGGAGGUGAAGAAGCUCGUCGAGAAGGCGCAGAACAACAAGCUCGAGUGCCAGCCCGGCCGCACCAUCCUCGAGUCGUUUGAGAACAACGUCAACCAGGUGCUCAACAAGGCGCGCGACAAGGCGGGCACCUCGGCGCAAAAGUCGCUCAAGGAGACCAACAACGUCAAGAACAUGGUCACCACCGGCUCGAAGGGGUCCUUCAUCAACAUCUCGCAGAUGAUCGCCUGCGUUGGCCAGCAGAACGUCGAGGGCAAGCGCAUCCCGUACGGCUUCCUCAACCGGACGCUGCCGCACUUCACCAAGGACGACUAUGGGCCCGAGUCUCGCGGCUUCGUCGAGAACUCGUACCUGCGCGGCCUCACCCCGCAGGAGUUCUUCUUCCACGCGAUGGGCGGCCGCGAGGGCCUGAUUGACACCGCCGUCAAGACCGCCGAGACGGGCUACAUCCAGCGGCGGCUCGUCAAGGCGAUGGAGGGCGUGACGGUCAAGUACGACGGCACGGUGCGCAACUCGCAGGGCGAGGUGCUCCAGUUCCUGUACGGCGAGGACGGGAUGGACGCGGUGCGGCUGGAGAACCAGAAGAUCGCGCACGUCGGCAUGCACAUCGACAAGCUGCGCAAGAUGUUCGAGCACAAGUUUGACGACCCAAACUACGGCCGCGUCCACGAGUCGCCCGUCGGCCAGCCGUGGAUGCGGCCCGGCCUCGCCGAGGAGCUCAAGCGCGACCCGCUGGCCAAGGAGGAGCUGCGGCAGGAGUUCGAGCAGCUGCUCGAGGACCGCCGCCUCCUCACCGACCCGCGGCUCGGCCCCUUCGCCAAGGGCAAGGCGGACCCGCCCUCGCCCGUCAACAUGAACCGGCUGCUGCGCAAGGCGCAGGGGCUCUACCCGGUGGACGCGUCCAAGCCGUCCGACCUCAAGCCGAUCGACAUCGUCAAGAAGGUGCGCUCGCUCCUCGACAAGCUCGUCGUCGUCAAGGGCACCGACGCCCUCUCCGUCGAGGCGCAGUACAACGCGACGUACAACUUCUUCUCGCUGCUGCGCUCGCAGCUCGCCUCCAAGCGCGCCUUCGACUGGCUGCUCGGCGAGGUGGAGUCGCGCUUCCUGCAGCACCGAUGCCAGCCGGGCGAGAUGGUGGGCGCUCUGGCCGCGCAGUCGAUCGGCGAGCCCGCCACGCAGAUGACGCUCAACACCUUCCACUACGCCGGCGUGUCGGCCAAGAACGUCACGCUCGGCGUGCCGCGCCUCAAGGAGAUCAUCAACGUCUCCAAGCGGCCAAAGACGCCGUCGCUCACCGUGUUUCUGCGCGAGGAGUUUGCGCGCGACUCGGAGGCGGCCAAGGAGGUGCAGUCGAUCCUCGAGCACACGACGCUCGGCUCGGUGACGAGGCAGACCGAGAUCUGGUACGACCCGCUGCGGCCGCUCGAGGCGGAGCGCGCGACGGUGGUGGAGGAGGACGAGGACUUCGUGCGUCUGUACUACGACACCUCGUUCGAGGAGAUCGACUUUUCAAAGAUCUCGCCGUGGGUGCUGCGCAUCGAGCUCGACAUGGAGGCGAUGGCGGACAAGAACCUGCUGAUGGAGGACAUCGUGAAGUGCAUCUCCGCCGAGUACGGCAGCGACGAGCUGCACGUCAUCCACUCGGAGGACAACGACGACCGGCUGGUGCUGCGCGUGCGGCUCGUCAACAGCGAGGCGGACAAGGAGGCGGAGGCGGAGGGGGACGAGGACGUCGAGCACACCUUCCUGCAGCGCAUCGAGCAGAACAUGCUCUCCGAGAUGACGCUGCGCGGCAUCGAGAAGAUCAAGCGCGUCUUCAUGCGCGAGCCGAAGCGCGAGCACGUCGACCCUUGGGUGCUCGACACGGAGGGGAUCAACUUCUCGGCGGUCGCGUCGGCCGACCGGCGGAUCGACCACACGCGGCUCAUGUCGAACGACAUUUGCGAGAUCAUCCGCAACCUCGGGGUCGAGGCGGUGCGGCAGGCGCUGCUCGGCGAGCUGCGCUCGGUGAUCGAGUUUGACGGCUCGUACGUCAACUACCGCCACCUGGCCAUCCUGUGCGACGUGAUGACGUACCGCGGCCACCUGCUCUCGGUCACGCGCCACGGAAUCAACCGCGUCGACAACGGCGCCCUCGCGCGCUGCUCUUUCGAGGAGACGGUCGACGUGCUGAUGGAGGCGGCCUGCUUCUCCGAGGCGGACCUGAUGCAGGGCGUCUCGGAGAACAUCAUGCUCGGCCAGCUCGCGCCGAUCGGCACCGGCGAGUUUGAGCUCUUCCUCAACACCGACAUGCUCGAGCUGGCGCAGCCCACCGACUUUGACCCUCUCUUCGACGGCGACGGCCUCGCCGGCAUGUCUCCCGGCGCGCUACUCGCCGACAAGCCCGGCGUACUCCCCGACGAGCCCCGCCUACGCGGCCACCUCGCCGUCCUACUCGCCCACCUCGCCGGGCUACUCGCCGACGAGCCCGGCCUACUCCCCGACGUCUCCGGCGUACUCGCCGACCUCGCCCGCGUACAGCCCGACCUCGCCGAGCUACUCGCCGACCAGUCCGAGCUACAGCCCGACCAGUCCGAGCUACAGCCCGACGUCGCCGAGCUACAGCCCGACUUCGCCGAGCUACUCGCCGACCUCGCCUGCCUACAGCCCGACCUCUCCGGCGUACUCGCCGACGUCACCCGCGUACAGCCCGACGUCGCCGGCGUACUCGCCGACCUCGCCCGCGUACAGCCCGACCUCGCCGGCCUACAGCCCGACGUCACCGGCGUACAGCCCGACGUCGCCGGCGUACAGCCCGACCUCGCCGGCGUACAGCCCGACGUCGCCGGCGUACUCGCCGACGUCGCCGGCGUACUCGCCGACGUCGCCGGCCUACAGCCCGACGUCGCCGGCGUACAGUCCUGGCGACUGACCUGAGCGGUCGGUGUACUCCACUUGCAUGCAGCAUGGAGAUCUUAAGCGAGUUGCCUUUGUGCCCGCACAGCAGACUUUGAGCGCGUCGCCCGCGCCCGUUUCCCACUCUCUCUCUUUGCCCACUUGUACGCAGCCGAGGCAGCGCGACUGCCAUGUCUUACAGUUUGCUCUUUCAGGGGUUGUGUGUUUACGUCGUGUUUCUUACAGAAGUCAGAACUCAGAA